CCUAACCUAACCUACUUUGUUUACAUCCAAACCAAACUAACCACCCGAUCUCCGGGUUACUAUACCCACAGACACACCACUAACUGCGGCAUCUGCGAUGCUGACAUGCAUGAAUCCCCGCUUACCCCUUCCCCCACCCCAACUUGCAUAUCAGACAACGCAUCACCAUAACCCCAACCACGACUCCCCCUCCGUCAACCCCUCCACCCACCACCACAACAAUGCCCACCAAAACCCUCGUCAUCAUCGGCAUAACCGGCAACCAAGGACACUCCAUCGCCACGCGGUUCCUCCACGACCCAACCUACCAUAUAAUCGGGCUAACGCGGAACCCAACCUCCCCGACCGCCCAAUCCCUCUCAGCGCAAGGCAUCACCAUCCUCGCCGCCGAUCUCAACGACCCCGACACACUAACCCCGGCCUUCCGCGGCGCGAACCUCAUCUUCAGCGUAACCAACUACUGGGAGCCAUUCUUCCACGAAGACUGCCGAAAUCAGGCAGCGGAGCGGGGGAUCUCAUGUCGUCGGUACGCGUACGAGGUGGAGGUACAGCAGGGGAAGAAUAUAGCGGAUGCGGCGGCCGCUACGGUUGACUCGUUAGAUGAGAACGGGUUUGUGGUGUCGACGUUGAGUUAUGCGGCGGAGUGUAGUGGGGGAAGGUUCGGGGAGUUGUAUCAUUUUGAUGCUAAGGCGGAGGUGUUUCCAAAUUAUGUGAAGGAGAGGUAUCCCGCGUUGGCGGGGAAGAUGUCGUGUGUGCAGACGGGGUUUUUUAUGACGAGUUAUAGGUUGGUUCCCGGGGCUUAUUUUACGAAGAAGAUGAUGGAGGAUGGGGAGGUGUCGUUUGAGAUGACUUUUACGACGGCGCCUGAUGCGAAGGUUCCGCAUUUGGAUGUGAAUGCUGAUUUGGGGAACUUUGUUUAUGCGGUGUCGAAGAUGCCCCCUGGGAAGAGCUAUAUGGCUUGUGGGUCGUAUUGUAGCUGGGCGGAGUAUAUGAGGGUUUGGGGGAGGGUGAACUCGGUCCCGGCAAGUUAUCGGCAGAUUACUCUUGAGGAGUUGAUGGAGAAGACUCCUGAUCCGGAGUUUGGGCGCGAGGUAGGUGAUAUGUUUACUUAUUCGACCGAACCGGGGUAUGAUGGCGGUGAUAAGGAACUGCUGACUGCAGAAGACAUACGCAAUGGCGGGAUUGAGUGUCCAAUGACCAGUUUGGAGGAGUGGAUAAAAAAGGAGGAUUGGUCGGCUGUCUUGAAUAGUUGAUAGGUUCUGAUGUAUACUUGUAGCUGUUCAAGAACUUCUGUAUCACGACCGAGGUUCGGCCAAUAUGACAUGAGCGGCCCUACCAGACUGUGGACGUCUAGUUGACUCUUGCACCUGAGUAGGCAGAGACUGCACCACUGCAUUCCGUAUUUCCUCUUUGAUAAGUGCAG